CUUUAUAUUAUCUGAAAAAUUGAGAGGAAUGAAUGAACAUAAAAAAGUCUUAAAGAAAUAAAUUGGAGAUUAUUGUUUUGACAUGAAUGAUAUGAUUGGGGAAGGUUAUUCGUCUAAAGUCUAUAAGGGAAUGCAUAUGGUCAGUCAAUAAAUUGUUGCAAUAAAGGUCAUUUGUUUAGAAACUUACAAUUCACCUAUUCAGAAAUCUCUUCUUUCAAAUGAAAUCAAAAUUCUUUUACAAAUCGAUAAUCCUAAUCUUUUGAGAGUAUAUGAGAUAAGUAGAAGUGCUAAUAAUACCUAUAUUGUUAGUGAAUAUUGUGAAGGUGGUAAUUUAGAAGACUUAUUGAAACAAGAACCAAUGAAAAUAGAAAAAGUUAUUGAUAUAUUGAGAUAAAUGUGCAUAGGUCUUAUGGGUUUGCAUUAAAAAAGUAUCAUAAUAACUUAUAAAAAUGUAGGCAUCAUUCAUAGAGACAUAAAGCCAGCAAAUGUAUUAAUCAAGAAUGGGAUUUUUAAACUUGUUGAUUUUGGCUUUGCUCUUAUUGAAAAUCAGUAUGAUAGUAUUAUAAAGAAAUAUAAUGUUGGAACUCCUAUGUAUAUGGCUCCUGAAAUUUAAUUUUUUAAUCAAUAUUCAGAAAAAAGUGAUGUAUGGGCUUUAGGUAUUAUGCUAUAUGAGAUGCUAUUUUAAACAGCCCCUAAAUUAAAUUUAAAGAAUAAAACUCUUUUCUAAGAAGUCUAAGAAAAAUGUAAAUCUCUCGAUAUCAUUUAUUAAAAUUUCAUGAUUAGACUCUUUGAAGGAAUGCUAUAAUUAGAUCCUGAAGACAGAUUAAAUAUUUAAUAAAUUCUUUAAAUUAUAUAAGAGAAUUAAUCCAUAGCUACUAAACAAGGUUCAAAUUUAGUCAAACUUUCUCAAAAAUCAAUAUCUACCCAUAAUAAUUCACCUCUCUAAUUUAAAGGGGUUAAAACUCCAAAUGAAAUAAGAAGAAAAUAUAUUUAAUAAGUUUUAUCUAAUAAUAAACCAUAAUCUUAUGAUGAUAAAAAAUUAGUUAAUAUUACUAGAGUUAAGACAUUAAAUCAAGAUUAAGAAGUUGAAAUCACUUAAUUUACAUCUGAUGAUGAAUAUCCUAAUAAAAAUAUUAGAACAAGCAUUAAUUAAUUCAAUUUAUAAUAUUCUCAUAAGAAAAGCGACUCAGAUAUCAAUAUUGAAUUUAUUGGUUAAAUUAGUACAGAUUGUUCGAUUUAGAAAUCUCCAAAAUAAUAAUUUUUAACUUAAUAAUGUAAUGAGGAAGUAGAAUUACCAGUAAUUUUGAAACCUACUUAUAAAUUUUGUGAAUUUGUUGAAUAGAUGAUUUAGAAUUUUCCUAAAUAGGAUGAUGAUUGUAUAUUAAAAUUGCAAUUUUUGUUAAGAAAAUUAUUAGCUAUUAAGGCUAAAGUAUUCUAUACAUUUGCACCUAUUAAAAUCAAAGGUUAAUUAGAUAAUUGGAUAAAUCAACUUCAAUUGUAUUAUCAAAAAAUUUAAUAUCAAAUCAAUUUAAAUUUAGAUAAAACAUUUUAAUUAUUUUUUAAUCCUAAUUUAGAUGAUUAAGGUAAACUCUUAACAAUGUACAUAAUUAGUUUGAUCAAUUAGAUGCAAAAAUAAUCAAAUGAUUUUAAAAUUGUUAUUGAAAUCUUGGAAGACAAUUUAUAACAUCAAAAUGAUCCAUUUUUAUUUGCAAGAAAAUGGCUGGCUCAAAAAUCAUGA